GUGCAACGAGGAAGCAGCAGAGGGCCGAGGAGAUUCCACAUCGGGCCAAGGACAAACCGUUGAUCAAGCUCGAGAGUCGUGCACGCAGUCUCGAGCACCAGUCGGCGGCGCAGAUGUUCUUGCCAAAAACGCACAAGAUCGUGGAGACGGGAACUGCAGCCAACCAGAGUUAUCUUCAGACAGUCAGGGACGAGGGCAAGGAUCACAAGCGAGGUCCUCCCGAGCUGCAGACCUUUUCCGCAGGUCUGCCAGAUUUAGAUCUCUUUCUGGACGAGGGCUCUUGCCCGCCCGAACUCAAGAAAUUCAGAGGUCUUGGUCAGAGACUGAAGAGUAUGACGGAGCACGGGGCAGAGACCGAG